CGGCUUUAGAUUUAACUGUAAAACAGCUUCUGCCGAACGAUGAUAAACAGACUGAUUUGCUUGCGCCAAUGGCAGAGGCAAGCAGGACGGUACGAGUGAGCGGCCUGCCCGCGGACGUUGAGGAAGAGCGGCUGAUCGAUAAAUUGUCCGUCCAUUUUCUGCGCUCCAGGAAUGGUGGAGGGGAAAUACUGUCUGUUACUGUUGAUGAGAGCAAGCCCAACAGUGCCCUGGUCCAGUUUGAAGACAGUGGAGUGGCCCAGAGAGUCAUUCGCCAUGGCCGACACACUCUCAAGGUGGAUGGGAAGGAGUACCUGCUCUCUGUCAGCGAGGAUCACCAAAGCCUGGAUCCUAACAAGGUCAUCAUAAGUCUAACAGCGACUGUGGACUACAGUCAGAUUCCUGAGGGUAGAAGCAUAUUGUCUCUUCUCCUCCGGGACCACCCCGAUGUCGAGACAAACUGUGACUCGACAAAGAAUUUGUGCCGACUGCGCGGUGCCUACACCGAAGUGCAGUCAGUCUUGGUGCAGGUGCUUGGCUGCCGUCCAACAAAUCUGCAGUCGGCGGAGCUCUCAGCCUCAGGUCGACUUUCUAUUAGUUGUUCCGAAUCUCUGAUCAAGACCCCCAGUGAGAGAGUGGACAAACGAGAGCUUACUGGUGGUUCUCCCACCCCAGAGGAAGACCUCUCGCUGAUGGUAGAUGCAGAUGUGUUCAAGUUUCUGCAGAAGCGCUAUGGCCACGACUACCAGCGCCUACAGAGUCAGCAUGGCGUCAAAGUGGUGGAUGUGACGAAUCAGGGGAUCACCACUCUGUUUCUGCAAGUAGUAACUGGCAAGGGCGGGAAGGAGCGAGAGCGAAUAGACCUCGCGAGGUCGGCAAUAAGUGAGCUUUGUCAAAAGAGCGAGAGGAGGAUCUGUCAGGCUGAGCUACGCAAGUGUGACCUCGACCCCAGGAGGGACCUGCAGCAAGCAAUGGAGACUCUAAAUGUCAGAUUUCCUGAGCUUCUUCUCAGUGAAGAUGACAGCUGUGUCUUCCUCAUUGGUGACUGUAGCGAUGUGUCCGAGGCCAAGCAGUUUCUUUUGCAGGAGCGUUGCGCGAUGGAAAGAGAAGACAUCGCCAGUCUUCUUGGAAUUCCAUCUUCUCCCCGACUGACCAAUGAAGCGCAUGACACCGGCACUGUGUCUCAGUCUGUCUCAAGAACUCUGGAUGAUCGGAAGGCUCUUGUUCGGGAAUCAGACAAGGCGAAAAGGUCAGAAGGUGGCAAACUGUAUCAUCUGGCUGCUCGCUUUAAAGAGUCUGGUCCGCCACUACCGACUCCUUCUGUAGACUUGUCCUUAUGCAGAACCUCAAAUCCAAGUAGACAUUCCACUCAAGAGUCGAGGUCAAAAGCAGCGGGAGACCCACAUAGAGUUUUGCGUCCAUUAAUGAAGAGUAAAACAUCCUCGGACAUUUCAGCCAAGAGUAGAAGACCCUUCUGGACCACGACCCCACUCCCGCUGGCUGGAAAAGUCCACAUGGGAUCCAAUUCGAAGAGAACUAACAGUUUUUCUGGAGUGACACAGCAGGGACUUCAGAAGAUUGAAGAGGAUUCCUUUGGGUCUCCGCCUAGAGCCAGGACCUCUCGCCUGAGUGACCAACAUGAAGUUUACCAUGCGGAAGUUCUGGUGUCCACCAUUAUGUGGCUCCAUAUUAAAGAGGUUUACAGCACACAAGUUGAAGCCCUGACGUGCGACCUGCAGCUAAACGAAGGAGGCUCGCCGGGCAGGAUACAGUCCGCCAUCGGCAUCAGUGGCUCAGAGCAGUCUGCAGUCACCGCAUGCCAGCUUGCUUUACAAGAACUGGUUGAUGCCGUAAGUCCCGAUUUCUGUGUGCACGAGCUUCACCUGUCUGAACUCGGCGUUGCUGACCUGGAAGAUGAAACCCUACAGGCUUGCUGCGCGGAAGUCCGGCGACGCUUCAAGAAGAUUACCGUCCGAGUGAUGAAGAGGAGUUUGUAUCUCAUUGGUCCUAAACGCUUGUGCUAUCAGGUGGGCGCUUCCCUGCGGGAAGUCUUUUCCGGAGAUGGCACCCAAACGGACACACAGAAAGACCGCGCCAGCCCUUCAAUAGCGAGGGAAGUAAACGAAGGCGAUCCACGAACAUUAUCGGAGUGCCAACCAUAUUCUGCAUCUCAGGAAAGAGUAUCGAACCAUAUGGAGGACAAGACUGAGCUUGUCAAUGGCGCUAACGGUCAAGUGGCAACCAGGAGAGACCCUGUCAUCAAGGAGAAAUUGGAAAGGCCAAGCAUUGUGGAUCAGGAUAGACGUAAGGUGUUGGUCCACGGAAGUAAGACAAGCCCCUCCAAUGUGAAUGGCGUCUGGUCAAUGACACCUCAAAACAACAAAGCCACAGAGUCUCACCAGAAAGAAGUCCGCCCGGCUGGCAUCUGCGUGUGCGGGGAGACUGCCACCUCCAUGAACAGGACUGAGUGCGGGGUGGUUAUGUGCACCAAGUGCCUAGACGCAGUUCACAUCCAUUGCAGGGUAUGCCACAGUGGACCACCGCAACACUUGGUACCAGCGGGCAUCCGGGGCACGAUGACCCAUUGCAAACUCAACUUCAGUUUACCUGGUCACAACAAGCACGCCACCAUCAAGAUCACAUACCUCAUUCCUGAUGGUAUACAAAAGAAGUUGCUGUGCUAUGGAACACAAGAGGAGACCGGCUGGCUCGUUGAAGGACAAAAACAUGCACAUGUGAAACCGGACCAUCACCCUUCUCCUGGAAAGCCCUUCCAAGGUGACGUCUUUGAAGCCUUCCUCCCCGACUGCGAUAAGAGCAGGAAGCUGUUGCCCAGGCUGGAGAACGCCUUACGGCAGGGCCUCACCUUCACUGUGACGAGCAAGAACGGCUCCAAGGUUACCUGGGACGUCAUCCCGCACAAAACCAGCUUGCAGGGCGGCCGGUCGGGGAACGGUUACCCAGAUUCUUUCUACUUGAAACGCCUCUCAGACAUCUUGACAUCGCAUGGGAUUGAAGAGCAAGCUUCCACAUCUUGAGACUUCACCUUAGUAUUAGAGGUUCACACAUGGUUAAAGGUAUUAGCACUUUAUAGUGUAUUAUUAGUAGUAGUAGUCGUAGUAGAGAUAAGAGGUCAUGACGGGGAGACCUUUAGUUAUCAGAAUGCAUUUAAUAAUAUGCAUUAAAAAUAUAUUUUUCCACAAGCAAAAAUUAAGAAUUCCACAUGAACGUUCAGCUAAUUUCUACAUAGGGGCAUCAUAUGUCCUAGUGCAGGUGUCAAACUCAAGGCCCUGGGGCAAGACCCGGCCCGCCACAUCAUUUGAUGUGGCCCACGAAAACCAAAUCAUGUGUCGUCAUGUUUCUUGCUAAAAUACCAAAAUUGCAAAUUGUGUUCACCGUUAAUAACAUUAGGAAUUACAAGCCUUUUUUGUUACCAGUCCCUCUUUUAAAAUAAAAUGAAUAAUCAAUUCAUAGCAAGUUUUCAUUACCUUCUGAUUUUAAAACUAGUUAUUCAUCAAUAUGUUGUGUAUUUGUAAUACUCAUAAUCACAAAAUGAAGCGAUUAUACAUUUACAGGAAGUCCUCGAGUUACGACGUACUCGACCUACGACGUUUCGACUUUACGACGCCCGUGCCUCGUCCGCCGUUUUCUCCCCAGCACCGUAGGGUUUCUGCUUAGCUAGUGCAUAGUGCUUGUCUGUGUUUGUGUGCCGGGACUGUCUUUGCAUUUUUUUUUUUCACACUCUCAGCAGUAUUGGUAAGUACAGCAUCUUAUUUUUUUUUAUUUGAAUGUAUUUUAGUUUCUUCACACCUGACCGUGGUCGGGAGACGCCUUAUCCAGAGCCGAGGUUGUCCUGCUCUGGGUUGACUCCCUUCUCCCGUUGCACAGCUGAGCUGGGUGGCGGCAACAAUAAAGGCACGAGGCACCGAUUUUUUGCUGCUUUAAUGGCUUUAUUAGCUCCUCUGCGCAUUCAACGUCAAGGGGUCCUCCGCUAAUCGCUACUCUUCCCCGGUCGCCGUCACUACACUUGCCACUGUACACGCUCGCACCUGCGCGCACUCCUUCCUCCUUCACAGUCCCGCCUCACUCACACAUCGACGCCCACGCCCACACACACUGAGCUUGCUGUCACAAUCGCGUGGGACAAUACCCGUAACAGAAGUAUUUCGACGUAAGUUUCGACUUUAACGGUGAAAUCCGACUUACGUGGAAAUUCGGGUUACGUCGCCAGCGUAGAAACGGAACUCGUUCGUAAAUCGAGGACUUCCUGUUUAUGGUAUUAGAACCAUAACGGCCCUCUGAGGGAAACCGUGUGGCCCGCAACAAAAAUUUGUGUGAACUCCUCUCCUAGUAAAUGAAAUCACAGUUAACUAGCAGCGUCAUCUAUUUUUUUUCCUUUGGAAAAUUAACUUUUGGUAGCUUAUUAUUAUCAUUAUUAUUAUGAACAGGUUUAACUGCAUCGCAAAACAAUUUAACCUGAGGGGGAAAAAACUAUGCAUCAAUGUAUUGUCACCACUAUUAUUUAAUGACAGAUUUCUUACUACAGUGUACAGAUGUGUGUUCAUAUCGUUAUGAAUAUAUUCUUUCCAUUAGGGGGAGGCCUUCUUUAACAAUGCAUUUUUCCAAUAAUAAAUAUAUACUUGUAAGAAAUGUAUUUUUUCACAAAUGUAAAAUUAUCGUAAACUUGCACAUUGACAGAUGCCUCCCCGGCUCUGAAUUAUGGGUAAAGCUUUCAUUACAGGAGAAGGUCUUUAGUUGUAACAAUGCAUUUUUAUUGAAAAAAAAAAAAAAUACUUUUUAAACGUUUCCACAAAUAAUGCUAAAGUCCACCUUAAGCUUUCACCUUCACAGAGCUCACCUCUGCUCUGUAUUAGAGGUAAGGUGUUUAAUUUAGGGAGACGCUUAUGUUGUAGCAAUGCAUUUUCAUAAU